GGCUUACGUUUCGUAAUUUAUCUGCAGGACUCGUGAUUUGCCCUAAUUCGGGGUCAAUUACAAAUCCUUCUAUAAAUUACGGAGAACAUCUCUCCCUCUCUCUCCAUCUCAUGAUUCUCACUCUCUUUCUCCAACAACUCUAUCUAACGAGCACUCAGCCAGCAUUCUCGCUCUGUCGCAUUGGCAAGCAUUAAGCUGGUGAAGUAAAUUAAACAUUUCGUUUAAAUAUAUCAAGACAACCUGCAUUUUCCAUUGAGGAGCUUCAUCAGAUCAGGGGAAAGCUUCUUGGAAAAUGGAAGAUCUUAUUCGACAAUUUAUACCUUCUUUGAAUGCGGCUGUCAUUCUUCUAUCUUACUUUGGCUUCUUCAGUGUAGCUGGAGCCCUAAGUCCUGGUAAGAUUAUACCUGGAGCACUUUUACAAGAUGGCACCAGAAAAUACUAUCGUUGUAAUGGUCUGGUAUCACUUAUUAUGCUGAUUGUUCUUCUAGGCAUUGCUGUUAGCAUGCGAUUGAUAUCGCCUACGUUUAUUGUUGAUAGAGGAGCUCAACUUCUUUCUACAACACUUGCCUUCAGCUUAGUUUUUUCAAUAGUUUUGUAUGCUGCUGGAUGCAUGUCUCAUGAGAAGGGUUCCUCUUUGAAGCCACACACAACAGGAAAUUUAAUUCAUGACUGGUGGCUUGGUAUCCAAUUGAAUCCAGAAAUUAUGGGAGUUGACCUCAAAUUUUUCUUUGUUAGAGCUGGAAUGAUGGCUUGGCUUCUUAUCAAUCUCUCUGUUCUUGCGAAAAGUAUUAAAGAUAACAGUUUAGGCAUCUCAAUGAUCCUUUACCAAACAUAUUGCAUGUUGUACGUUCUGGACUACUUCUGGUAUGAGGAGUGCAUGACAUCAACAUGGGACAUUAUUGCAGAAAGGUUGGGCUUCAUGUUGGUGUUUGGAGAUUUAGUUUGGAUUCCCUUCACUUUCAGCAUUCAGGGUUGGUGGCUUUUGAGAAAUGAAGUAACAUUGCCUACAGCAGCUGUCAUUUUGAAUUGCGUCAUUUUUUUGAUUGGCUAUCGAGUGUUUAGAGGUGCAAACAAACAGAAGCACAUUUUUAAGAAGGAUCCAAAGGCUCCCAUUUGGGGAAAACCUCCUAAGGUUAUAGGUGGAAAAUUGCUUGCUUCAGGUUACUGGGGCAUCGCUCGCCAUUGUAAUUACCUUGGAGAUAUAUUGCUUGCUUUUGCUUUUAGUUUACCAUGUGGCACUAGAUCUGUCGUUCCAUACUUCUAUCCAAUCUACCUUUUCAUUCUGCUGAUAUGGAGAGAGAGAAGAGAUGAAGCGAGGUGCCAAGAGAAGUAUAAAGAGGACUGGGUCAAUUACUGUAAGGUUGUUCCGUGGCGUAUAUUUCCAUAUGUUUACUAAAUGUAUCAAUCUCCACACAUUUGCCGUUAUUCAUCAGCCAAGGAAAAUGGAGCACUGACAAAGUUUUGCUGGGAGAGAGGACUUGCAGGUUGGAAAACUUAUUAAAUGGUGUUGAUGAGAGAGAGAGAGAGAGAGAGAGAGAGAGAGAGAGAUAAGGCGAGCAGAAAAGGUGGUGGGUGAAGGGGCUAGUAUUUUCCAAGUAGAGGGAAUUCUUACCAAACUUUACUGUGCAUUUUAUUAUAUAUAAAAACUUGGGGCUUGUAUUUUCCAUUUAGCGAGAAUUUCACCGAACUUUCCAGUGCAAUUUAUUGAAUAAUAACUA